AGCACUGAGAUACUCAAACUUGAAGCAACUCCCCUUCGCGUCAGUGUUUUUACCGGUAUAGGUGAACGUGUCCCUCCCACUGAAAGGAAUCGGGUACGAGAGCGAAAACGACCAUGUGGAGGAAUUUAAUUAUCGUGUUAGUGCUUUUACUAGGAAUAAUAUUGGCUUCACAUGCAGUUCGACAUGGCCCUAACUUGAUAUGGGCGAUGCACCCCUCAAGUGGGAGUGGAGUUUCCCGGAUCAUGGCUAUAGAGGGCGAUCCAGAGGAAUGGGUAUCAACAGCUAAUGUUACCGUACGCCAUAUUAGCGCCCCACAUACUGGUUGGCAGUUCCGGGGGAUCGCCUUCCACUACGACAUGGAGAUUCUCUUCUGGACGGAAAGUAGUAACAAGAGAAUACAGGGACUGACCCUCAAUGGAAGCGUUUCUACCCGGACGGUGUUCACCAGCACCUCCAGCGAAGUGGACGGGGUCGUCGUGGACUGGAUAUCUAACAAUCUAUACUUCGCCGACGCCAAGUAUAACUGGAUUACAUUGGUCACGCUCAACAGUACCGACAACUUCUAUAAGAAAAUCGUGAAUACGGGUCUGGACAAGCCACACGGGAUAGCUAUAUAUCCACAAAAAGGGUAUUUAUUUUGGAGUGAUUGGGGCUUUGAACCAAAAAUAGAAACAUCAGACCUCACCGGAAACAACCGACGAACACUGGUAUCUAGGGACACAAUCCACCCACGUGGUCUGGCAGUCGACCAGUCGAUGAAUAAACUUUACUGGGUAGAUAGUGGGAAGGACACGAUAGAACGGGUGGAUUUUAAUGGAAACAACCGAAAAACACUAGCCCAGGUCCAGGGUACAAACUUCUUCGGAAUCGCUCUUUAUAAAAAAUACCUCUUUGUCACGGAACAAGUGGAAGGUCACCUUCGGAUUUACGAUAAAAAUUCUGGAAAUAAAUACAUAGACUACCAGUUAGGUCAUCGUCCUUACGGCAUCGUCAUGUACCACGAGGACUUACAGCAGGGCGACAGACAACAAUGCGAGUCACUCGGAUGUGAGCAAAUCUGUAUCAACAAUCCCCCAUUUGGUGCCUCCUGCUACUGUGGUGACGGAUAUACACUCCAGGCUGACCAGAAAAAGUGCGUAGAAAGCGAGUAUUUCCCACAGCCCGCCCAUAUCUACGCCAUUGGGGAUGCUAUCUGUCAGUACCCCGUUAACCUGGCAGACAUGUCGUUAGUUAACGUCACGCUAGACAAACAAUGCUUUAUGAAGAGUGGGAAAGGCUUCACGGCUCUCACUUACGAUGCCAGAGCCAAGGUCCUCUACUACACCGCCAACAUCACAAACAGCAUCGGUACCGUGCAGUUAAAGAAGGGGGCGUAUACCGACACCGUCAUCCGGGGACUUGGUGACGUCAGGGGUAUGGCACUCGACUGGACCACAUCUACAUUGUACUGGACAGACCGACAGUUCAAACACAUCAUGGUGGCCAAGACGGACGGUCGCUACCAGAAAACGAUCAUAGACACCCGUCUGGAGGAGCCACUCGGCAUAGCCGUGCAUCCUGAACGGGGGACAAUGUACUGGACAGAUCCAGGGAGACAGGUCAUAGAGACGUCCUAUAUGAACGGUGAUAAGAGAGCAGAGCUGCAAAUCUUUAGCGGCGUCAGACACCCAAAUCACCUGUGUAUCGACUUCCAUAAAGACAGACUUUACUGGUCCGAUUCCGAGCUGUUCCAAAUUGGAAGCUAUGACCUCAGAGACGGCAAUGUUAAAAUAGCCUAUACUCAACAGUCGGCGAAAUUCUUCGGCAUCAGCAUAUACCAGGACUACAUCAUUUGGACAGAUACGGACAAAAUGAACGGCAUCCAUGUGGCAGACCUCAGCACAGGGAUAAAAAAGCGCGGGAUUCUACAUCCCCAGGUUGGCGUAUCAGCUGACGUCAUCACGUAUGACAUUUCCAAUCAGCCAAACUUCACAGGUUCCUGUGCUGAUGCGCCGUGUGAUCAGCUUUGUCUCCCAAACUCGCCAUCGACUUCUUUUUGCGCAUGUGGAAUCGGAUUUGAAUUGGAUGAUGUCAAUAUGAACAGGUGUACAUCACAGAUGCUGUCUGAUAACUUCCUGGUGGUAUCCGACUCACACCAGCGACACAUGUACCAGAUCGGACUUGACGACCAGAGUGUCCACGCUGUUCCUCUGUCUAAUGUAUACCGACCGAUAGCGCUGGACUACGACCCAAUCUUCGAGAAGCUAUACUGGACAGAAAAUAUGGCCAAACUUAUAAAGGGUGCUCAUCUUGAUUCACAGACAGAGUUUACCCUCCAGAUUCUCACAAAUGCCUCUGUGAUAGACGGGAUUGCAGUGGACUAUAUCAACCGUCUCCUGUUCUAUACGGACACGGGACUCAACACCAUAACAGUUAUCUCCCUUGUCCGGACCCGACUCAGUCGGACAGUAGUGUCAGAAGAUCUGGACCAACCUAGAGAUAUAGCUGUUCACCCCCUGGACGGCCGGAUAUUUUGGACGGACUGGGGACGUCAACCGAAAAUUGAGGCGGCCAAUAUGGACGGGUCAGACAGACGAACACUAGUUAAUAUCACAGAAAACUCCUGGCCGAACGGAAUCGCAGUCGACUACACAGACAGGAAGAUUUACUGGGUAGACGCUAAAUUCGACAAGAUCGAGGUAAUUGACAUGAAUGGAGAGAACCGGAAGACAGUAAUAGAAGAACCGAACAGUCACUACUUCGGGAUAACCGUCCUCGGGAACUACCUCUUCGUCACGGAUUGGAAACGGAACUAUGUCUCUCGAUUAAUAAAGACUGGAGAAGGAAGUAUGGAACAGAUUGGACCUUCUAGUUUUUCCAGACUUAAUGGUAUCGCUGCGUACAAUAGUGACUCUGUACUAAAAGGACGAAAUGCGUGCUUCGACCAUACGUGUGAUCAUCUCUGUCUUCCUAAACAGAAUUUUAAAUAUACCUGCGCAUGCGCAGAUAACUAUAUUUUAUUAGGCAACCUUUGUGUUUCAUCAGAACUUCCCCGGAACAAAACGACCGAUGCAGUGACCGAUCCAGUGACCGAUGUGACUACGCCUGCUAUAGGAGCAGUGAGGGGUCGUAAAGGCGCCAAUAAAGGCUUACAUUUAGGAGCUAUCGCUGCCAUUGUCAGUGUUGGUGUGUUAGUCGCUAUCAUCGCUACAGUAGCCAGUGUUUUCUUGUAUCGCAAGUACAAAGACCAGUUUAUCCAUCACGAUCGCCUAAUUGAAGACAACCAAGUGGAUUCUUUUUACCGAAUCACGUUCCCGGAUAAUAAGGACGAACCUAUUGUAAACUCCGGUAUAGUGAAUCCUGGGUACAAACAGACCAAUACAUAAGUAUGACAUACGGACUGAGAAUGAAAUCGGGGUCUUUAACAUGCGGAUAUGUUGGAACAGAGUUCAAGGUCUUCUUACAUACAGAUGUUGGAACAGAGUUCAGAGAUCAGAUGUCGCAUGGUAUUUCCAGAGACAGAACUUAGAGCGAGAGUGGUCGUGUGGUUGAAUAGAUGUUUUUUAAAUGUUGCCAAGGAUUUAUUUUCGUCAACUCGAAGAAAAAAUUAUGGGUUACUGAUGCUGCUUUCUCUAGGAUUGAAUAAAUACCUGAUGUCGGUGUGUAUUGCGUCUAUCACGUGACUUGUGGAUAAUGUGACGUCAUAACCGUGAUUCAGCCAGUCUCCUUUUUGACUAUAAUUCUAAGUUGGAAGCCUUAGAUUGGUCUCGUAGUUUACAGAUGGUGUAAUUGUUAACUUUGUAUAUAAGAGAUGUUAUAUAGGACAUAGAAGAUUAUAAAACGUACUCUGGAUAUAAUUCUGUUAAAGAAAUGUUCCCUCGUAUUUACGCUUAUUUUUUGCUGGUACACCUAACAAUAUUUUUUAAAUGCUAUAUUUCCUGGAUAACCUGAGUGAUAAGCUUUCCGUUAAUACCACAAUUUUAAAUCAAGUCGCAAUAAAAGUAACAAAAUUCAAAGUAUUUUGCUCGAACUCAAUAAACGCCAAUCUUACAUGUAGAUACGUCUAUGCCUUUGUAAUUGGAGUGUACGGGUAAAAGUAAACCUCUAAUUACGAGACAAACCAUACCAAUAAUGCAUAAUGUUUUCCUCGAUCAAACCAAGCACAGGGAUGUAGUAUAGACACGUGCAUCGUACCGUACACGUGUUACUAAUGUAAGUAUGUACUAAACACUAACACGUCAAAUUUGGUAUUAACGUAAAGCUCGUAACUUAGUAACUUGGUAUAACUAAGUGUUUUUAUGUAAAUAUAUUUGUUUACGA